AUGCUCUCGGCUGCGGUUUGUGGAAACAUUUUUGCUUCACCCAACAGUCAACAAGUAACGAAUGGCCUCGAGAAACUUGAAAAUGGCAAAGGCAUUCUUAUCGUAGUAAUGAACUAUACCGGUGAUGUUUUGAAUUUCGGGAUAGCCAAGGAACGCUGGACCGCGCGACGGAAUACCGAUGCGAUCAAGAUGGUAGUUGUAGGAGAUGAUGUAUCGGUCGGUAAAGAGCAGGGCAAACUAGCAGGGCGUAGAGGGCUCGCUGGGACCGUUUUGGUUUAUAAGAUCGCCGGAGCUCUUGCUGCUCAAGGAGCACCCUUAUCACAUGUGCAUGCCGUAGCCCAGUUUGUUGCGGACCAUUCAGCUACGAUUGGGGCGGGCUUUGAUCAUUGUCAGAUCCCAGGCGCCCAGGCCAACAAAGAGCACGACAACCUAGGAUCUGAUGAGAUCGAAAUUGGAAUGGGCAUCCACAAUGAGCCGGGAUACAAACGUCAAAAGAUUGCAAAUCUCAGCCAAUUGAUCUCCGACCUCAUGCCCGUUCUAACUUCGACAACCGACAAAGACAGAUCGUUUCUCCCCUUUCGCACCCAAGGUUCUUCAAGCAAAGAAGUGUCUAAUGAUGUGAUCCUUCUGAUCAAUAACUUGGGCUCGAUUUCUGAACUUGAGAUGUGCGCUAUCGUCAAGUCAACUGGCACUUGGCUACUCGAAAAAGGAUUCCAAGUCAAAAGAGUCAUAUCUGGGACAUUGAUGACCUCUUUGGAUAUGUCCGGAUUCUCGAUCUCAUUGGUUCUAUUACCGCCUGCAAAUGAAGAUGUGACGAUUGAAAUCGCUGGUGAACCAACACUGUCUAUCAGUGCCAAUAUGCUGUUGGAUCUCUUCGAUGCUCCUGCCGAUUGUCCUGGCUGGAAGUCCGGCUACGCUGGCCAGCCAAGCUUCAGCAAGGUGGAAAAGAAAGAUGCAAAAGCUCUGGUGCAGGAGCCUGCUGGAGGCGAACAGAAACCGAGUGAAGAGACGGUCUCUGUAAACGACCCGGCGUUGUUCAUCAAAGCCGUCCAGUCUGCAUGCCAAGCGUUAAUUUCAGCUGAGCCGGAGAUCACCAAGUACGACACCAUCGCCGGGGAUGGUGACUGUGGUUUAACGUUGAAAAGCGGCGCCGAGGGCAUCCUUGCAGCCAUCUCUCAAGAGAAAAUCAAAGGGACCAACCUUAUUUCUGAUCUUCUUCAAAUAUCUGAAGUCGUUAACCGUGAUAUGGGUGGGACUUCUGGCGGAUUGUACAGUAUCUAUUUUAAUGCUUUGGCAGUAGGAAUUGGUAAAGCCAAGCCUUCGAAGAGUAUUGGUUCGCAAACCUGGGCCGACGCAUUAGAUUAUGCGCUCAAUACGCUAUAUAAGUACACGAGAGCCCGAUCGCCCUCUCGAACAUUAAUUGACCCGUUAUCCGCAUUCGUCUUGACGUUCACAUUGACUCCGACGGAGUUUGAUAAGGCGAUUGAGGCCGCCAAGGAGUCGGCGGAAAAUACGAUCUACUUGGACGCCAAGGCCGGUCGAGCUUCAUACGUCGAUCGUCAAAAGCUUCAAGACUCUCAAGUCCCUGAUGCCGGUGCGUGGGGCGUGUGGAAAUUACUCGAAGCUAUCGGUCAAGUCAUCAAUUGA